GGCCUCUGCCGUCAUUGUCGCGCUCCUAUCAGACUGGAUAUACGUGCAUCUCUCGAAGAAGAUUUACAUCCGCUGGUAAAGUCGCGUGUAGGGCGAGCCUCACUACUCAAUACACGAAGAUGGCCACAGAUUACACGUCCUGGUCCAAUGCAGACCUGAUCAGACGUGUCAGCGAGCUGGAGGAACAGUUACGAUCGCAGAACACGAGGCAUACGAACGGACACUCUUCUCGAACAUCACCCGCUCCCCCGAAGAAGAAGCCAAAGAAAGAACCCAAAAGGUUCGAUGCGAGCAGAUAUCACACGCGCCUGAUCGCAUUAAAGUUUGCAUAUCUCGGUGGAAAGUACAAUGGCUUCGAGCAUCAUGCGAACAAUACGACGCCUCUACCAACGAUUGAAGAAGAGCUGUGGAAAGCAAUGCGAAAGGUGAAGCUCAUCUUCCCUGAGCAUAAACCUGGGCAAAGUGAAGAAGAGGUCUGUUGGGACGGCAUUGAAUACAGCAAAUGCGGCAGGACAGAUCGUGGCGUGAGCGCGUUUGGACAAGUUAUAGGCGUACGAGUUCGCAGUGCGAGGCCGAAAAAGCAAGCAGCGCCCAACGAAGUGAGCGCUGGCGCAGAGAGUCAAGGCGCUGACAGUCCUAUGCCAGAUGCUGUUAAGGAGCCUCCGCCACCAGAAAAAGAGUUUGAUCCUAUACGAGACGAGCUCCCCUACAUCCAGCUCAUCAACCGUGUCCUGCCCUCCGACAUUCGUAUCCUUGCAUGGUGUCCCGACCCUGGCGAAGAUUUCUCCGCUCGCUUCAACUGCAAAGAGCGAAGGUAUCGUUACUUUUUCACGAACCCAGCUUUUGCACCACUGCCUGGCAGCAAGCCAAUCGAGAAUAGUAAACCUGCAGAGGGAUAUCUUGACAUCGAGGCAAUGAAUGUUGCAGCGAAGAAGUAUGAAGGAUUGCACGACUUCCGCAAUUUGUGUAAAGUCGAUCCCAGCAAACAGAUCACGAACUGGGAGCGCAGAAUAUUCCAUGCUGGUAUACAUGAAGUGGACCCGCACCACAAUGCGGUAAGUGAUGGCGCAUCGCCAAAGCUUUACUACUUCGAAGUCCGUGGCAGUGCAUUUCUAUGGCACCAGGUCCGCCAUCUCGUUGCCGUGCUGUUCCUUGUCGGUCAAGGCUAUGAACAACCUAGCGUCGUGGAUGAUUUGCUUGAUGUUCAGAAGACACCAGGCAAGCCGCAUUAUGAGAUGGCGAGUGACGUUCCACUCGUGCUCUGGGAUUGCAUAUUUCCCGACAAAGAGCAAGUUCUGAAUGCCGAUCACGCUGCGGAUGAUAGCGCAACGAAGUCCAGCUACCAGGACGCCAUGAACUGGGUGUACAUCGGUGAAGAAGCUGGCGGCCGAGAGCAGGCCAAGCGGUCAACCACUGGUGUUGAAGAUGGUAAGCACGGGCGCAAUGGCAUCAUGGACGAGCUCUGGGGCCUUUGGCGCAAGAGGAAAAUGGACGAGGUCCUAGCGUGGAGUCUGAUGAACGUUGUUUCGGCACAAGGGCAGAAGCCAGUCAUCAGCGAAGUCGGCUCCCGGCCUAUUGAACAAAGUGCUCGAGUCUUCGAUGGCAGUGCUGUGCCUCGAACAGUCGGAACGUAUAUUCCACUGGCGAAACGCGAGCAGAUGGAGACUCCAGAUGCCGUCAAUGCGCGCUACGCGGCGCGGAAAGGCCUAAUGGGAAAACCAGCGCGUGAUGUAGACGCUGAUGAGUAGUCCAAUUGAUUUGGUUACAAAUCCCACACUCAUCCAGAUUUUGGUUCGUACAG